AUGGGCCUUGAAAGCCCACGAGCUGAUCACAAUCACAUUACUGGGUUUCACUCUCCGUUUGCUGCGGAUAAGGGUUCGUGUUCUUCCAUAAGUCUAAAUUUGAAUCAGAAUCUCAACUCAGGCAAGGUGGAGAUGAUAGAAACGAGAAGCCUAAGUAAGAUGUGUAAAGAGCAGAAGAAAAUCAUUGAAGAGCAGAAGGAAAUUAUUGAAGAGCAGAGGAAGAAAGUAGAGCUGGUGGAGAAAGCGGUGGAGAAAGCAAUGAAGACAAUUGAGAUGAGGAUUGGAAAUGUUGAGAAAGUGAUGAAUGGGGAGAUGGAAGAGCUGAAGAAAGUAGUAAAGGAGAAUGAAGAAAAGCUGAAAGACAAGUGUUCUGAGUUAGAAGGAUUAGAGGAUAUGAACACGGCCCUCAUGAUAAAAGAACGUCAAAGCAAUGAUGAGAUACAAGAAGCUCGCAAAGAAUUGAUUAUGGGAUUGAGAGAUUUGGCGGCUCAUGGAUCCAAGGUGGGAGUAAAGAGGAUGGGACUAGUUGAUGCAAAGGUCCUGAUGAAAGCAUGCGAGGAGAGAUUCACUGGCCAAAACGUUGAGCUGGAACACGACAGGCUUUGCUCCAAAUUGCAGGACACCAUCAACGAUCCGGCAUGGUACCCAUUCAAACGCGUGGGGACUGGAGAGAAAAUGAAGGAAGUGGUGGAUGAAGAGGAUGAGCAACUUAAGAAUCUGAGACAAGAGUGGGGAGAAGAUGUGGUGAAGGCAGUCAAGACAGCACUGGAGGAGAUGAACGAGUAUAAUCCAAGUGGUCGGUACCCAGGUCCUGUACUGUGGAAUGUUGAACAAGAGAGACAAGCAACACUCAAAGAAGGGAUUGCUCACUUGACCCAGCUACUCAAACGCAAACGAACCUCAAGCACCUAA